UUUAAGGGGAGGGGAGGUGAGAGUCUGUCGCUGCUAAUUUAAGAAUAUAUAUAUAUAUAUAUAUAUAAAUAUAUAUAUUAAUUGGAAGAAAUUUUGGGGGAAAACUGACGUAGUGUACAAGCGGAAGGCUGUGAAUUUGGAUAACUUGCCACGUCCUACUGAGAAGAGAGAAAACUUUCUGCACUUCCUGCUCAAGAUUAAUGUACAAAAGGCAGUGUUUGAGCACUCUCUGUUAGGUUUGACCAUUUACAACACUUGCAAGACGCACAAAGCCCCUUCUGCGAGCUGAAAAGGCUGAAAGCUGUCCUGUCUCGUCACUACUACUUGUGCUACACGUUGGCGGGGCGUUGGUUUGUUCCCCCAGCCCUCCCCAACACUCAUCACUCUGUGCAGCACAAACGCUCCUAAGGCUCAGGAGGAUAUAAGCCCGAUCCAUUGAUCACACUACUCUUAAAAAAAGAAGGGGAAAAGAAGAAGAAGAAAAUGGCCGGUACAAACAGCAUCGAGGCGGUGAAGAGAAAGAUUAAAGUUUUGCAGCAGCAAGCCGACGAGGCUGAAGAAAGGGCCGAGAUGUUGCAGAGGCAGGUCGAGGAAGAGAAGCGCGCCCGAGAGCAGGCUGAAGCCGAGGUGGCCUCUCUGAACAGGCGUAUCCAGCUGGUUGAGGAGGAGCUGGACAGAGCUCAGGAGAGACUGGCCACAGCCUUACAGAAGCUGGAAGAGGCAGAGAAGGCAGCAGAUGAGAGUGAGAGAGGCAUGAAGGUGAUAGAGAACAGAGCGCUGAAGGAUGAGGAGAAGAUGGAGUUACAGGAGAUCCAGCUGAAGGAGGCCAAGCACAUUGCUGAGGAGGCCGACCGCAAGUACGAGGAGGUGGCUCGUAAGCUGGUGAUCGUCGAGGGAGAGCUGGAGCGCACUGAGGAGAGAGCCGAGCUCGCCGAGGCUAAAAAGAAGCAGCUCGAGGAGGAGCUAAGGGUGCUGGACCAAACACUGAAGACUCUGCAUGCUUCUGAGAACAAGUAUUCCCAGAAGGAAGACAAAUAUGAGGAGGAGAUCAAGAUCCUGACUGAUAAGCUGAAAGAAGCUGAGACUCGCGCUGAGUUUGCGGAGAGGUCUGUAGCCAAGCUGGAGAAGACCAUCGAUGACCUGGAAGAUGAGCUCUAUGCUCAGAAACUCAAGUACAAGGCCAUUAGUGAAGAGCUGGAUCACGCCCUCAACGACAUGACCUCUAUAAAACCUAAAAGAUGCCAAGGAGGAGAACGUCAAGAUCCAUGCCACUCUGGACCAGACCCUGAGCGAACUGAACAGUUUUUAAACAUCCUGGACCAGGACAUUCCUCCGUUCCCCUUUUCAACACACUCCUCUCAUGUCUCUAAUUUGGUCCAAAUUGUCUAAUUCACCCAAAGUUGUUUCCUUUCUCCUUUCCGCUCCCUUCACCCAACUUUUGGUUGAAGCUGAGCUCGCAGAAGCAACCAGCUGUGGCACCAAAUCUCUAUGCAAAUUUGUGACACAAUUUCCUCUUCCAGAGCUGUUCAGAGUCUUGAGUGUGUAUUGUAUUUGUCAGAAUUCAGAUUUUUUCCCCCCCUUAAAUUGGUGCCAAAUCCCUGAGAUGUUUCAUCUGAGGCUUUCAGUGUGUUGCUUUGGUUGUGACAAAGCUUAGGUACAGUUCACUUUACUUUAUCCCUUUCCUCCACAAACAUCAGUGAGACAUCAGACAUCAUCCUUCCUUAAAAUUUGUACUUUUUUUUUUUUUUUUUUUUUUGGUGCUACUAUUUCGGCACCUUUUGAGUAUAAUCUUUGCUCUGCGGUAAACAUUUGCGUUGAUGUACCUAUCCCAUUUUCUUUACCCGUCACCAUUUUUUCUUCUUCAUACAGGCUUUUGGGACCAUUUCUACAGGUGAGGUCUUAAAAUGGUCUGGUUUCAAAAUGAGAGCCUUUAAUUUGUGGGUUGUUUUGUUUUUGUUUUUUAGUUCAUUUAUAUGUAUUGUGUCCAGGCAUGAUGUUUGUCACUGUUUUAACAGUAAACGCACUUGCCUUGUUCGAACCACUACAUGUGCAACACUCCACUGGCUCACAGCAAACAUCAAGCCUGAAUUGAUGAGUGUUCAUUAGCAAUGAUGGACUGUGCAUGCCUGCUUUUAAUGGAGCAAUACACAAAUAAGCUCCCGACAGGAGCAAGGGAUUUUUUUUUUAUACAUACAUACAUACACACACACACACACACACACACACGUACAGACAACUAAGUGGCGUCACUGCCAGAUGUUUUGUUUUGCGACCUCUAAGUAGUAUAUAUCUGAAGAUCAUUUCUGGCCAAGAAAUCGAGAGGAGGGGGGAAGAGGUAACGUUUCAAAGUAAAUAAAAGGUUAAAAAUGCAUAUUUUUAACUGGACAAGUCAAACAUGCAUAUAUAAUCAUUUUUGUUAUUGUCUUUGUAAUGAUGCAUUUUUAAAAAAAAUAAAAUCUGUGGGUUUUUUUUUUUUUUUUUUUUUAACAUCACACCAAACAUUUCAGUACAUUUUUUUUGAACUCCUGUUUUUGUACAUGUCUUAAAAUGUGUUAAGUGGAUAAGAUUUAUUUACAAAGUACUGCACGUUGACUAAAAAUGGUACAAGAAAUAAGUGUAAAAGAUGCAGGAAAUAAAAUGCUAAAAUAAAACAGCUAGAUAAAAAUAUAUAACACAAAACAAGCUAAUAUGGCAAAUUGUGACCUAGUGACCCAAAGACCAGCAUGUACUGAAAGAUUUAAUAUGAGGUAUGAAUUCCAAAAUGGAUGAGACUUGUCUAAUAAAUUUUGAUGGUUGCAGAGUUUAGGGGCAGAGGUGGCAACCUUAAAUUUUUAUUGGGAAACACAUUAAGCUCAAACCUUUCCGUUCCUUUAAUUAUUGCGUGUCUGAUUAAUUACAAUUACUCAUGGAAGUUUUAUUGUUUUUGAUUCAGGGCAUUAUCCCAUUAAUCCUGUAGACCUGUACACCUGGUACUGUUCUUCCAGACCUGUAACACCACCAGCUUUAGCUCUGUCCCUUUAAGCCUUGUCUAUAAUAAGAUGAUGACUUGAAGCAUGUGAAUGUUGAUCACUCUGCUUUGGUUUUCGUGAACUUGAGUGCCCAAGAUGAUUCCACAUUUUGGCUAGCCUUGGGGGAUACAAUCCUUUUAGCUGCAUGUUUGAUUUUUAUUGCUAUGAAAAAUAUAAGUAAAUAUGUAUACAUGCGUGCGCACACACACACACAGUUUAACAUUUUGGAAUUAUGGGACUUUUCCCAGUCUUAUUAUUGCCUUUUGCUAGUACUUUGGUCUUUUAAUGGCAGGAACAACAAAUUAAAAAGAUGUAAAUAGACUAUAUGGAUGCCUGAACAGGACCCCCAUAUACUGAUCUUCCCCCAAACUGUUGCCACAAAGUUGGAGGCAUAUCAUUGUGUAGAACAGUGGUUCUCAGACAUUUUCAGCAUGAGGCCCUCCUUGUGUAGGGUGCAUCCCUUUGUGGACCCGUAGACUUAUCAUAUUUUCUUAAUUUAGCUUUUUUUUUUACACUGGGCUGUUCUGUAUUAACUUUCUCAGCGAAGAGCCUAUGUCCUCUAUCUAAAAAUGUAUACAUUUUAAGUAGUCUCAGGUUUUAUCAGCGUGUGGCUAGCAGAGCAUAAAUGUAUGUCUUGGUUUGGUGAUGUUUCAGCUGAAUGUGCUGUGUAUAAUUUAUUUAACUUAUUAAUAUUAAAUUUUUGUGUACAUCAUAGUUCAAAGGUUGACAAUCCCGAUUUACAUGUAGGUAAAAUUAAUUUAAAAAAAAUAAAAAUUCCUUUGUGGCCCCUCUGGCUCCAUCUGCUGGCCCC